CCGCGGUCUCUCUACCGGCUGUCGUUCCUCUCUGCCGGUCUCUCAAAGCGUUUCUCUCGCGAAGAGGAGGAGAAGGAGGAGGAAGUUCCUCCAAGCGUGAUCUCUCAUUAAAAUAUGCCCGUGACGAUCUGAGAUUUUCUCGAAAACCACGAGUACGUGCGCGUCGAACCCGGUGAAACUCGUAACGAUGAUGUAUUAUAAGCUGAUCGUGUCUUGUGCAUUUCUCUGCCUGUUCUAUCUGCGCCUCGUACCCUGCGAAGCCGGCGCGACUGCCAAUCGAGGAUACGUGUUCACCGCGCCGAAGAGAUUCCUGGCCGGCGAGACCGAGAGCGGCUGUUUGUCGCUGCACAAUCUCGAACCACCGGCGCACGUUGUCCUGGAGCUGCUAUCUCCGGCGGGCGGUGCGAGCGUGGAGGAGGAGGUGCUGACCAGGACAAGCGGCAUCGUCAAAACAGGGAUAGAAACAUGUCUGGAGCUGGCGGUACCAUUCACAAAAUACUUUAACGCGCGAUUGCGAUUGAAGAUAAAGUUCGACAAAUAUCCCGAUUACGUCGUGGAAACGGAAAAGGAAGUUUAUAUCGAGCAUGAUUCUCUAAUCACAUUCGUCGAGACAGAUAAGCCGGUUUAUAAACCCGGACAAGAUGUGAAUAUUAGAAUCCUAAUGCUCAAGCACGACUUGAAGCCAUGGAAGAAAACGAUACCAAAAGUAUGGAUUGAAAAUCCAUCCGAAGUACGAGUGGCACAGUGGGCUAACGUCAGUACCGAAAAUGGAAUGGCGCAAUUAAAAUUCGCUCUAUCUUCAGAACCAACCCCGGGUGCCUGGAAAAUUAAAGUGGAAAAGAGGAGAUCGCAACCGCAGCUGGUCCACUCGACCGUAUUUGAGGUGAAGAAAUACGUUCUUCCGAGAUUCCAAGUGACCGUGACUUCACCGGGGUACAUUCUCGCGGAUGCAGAGAACGUUACGUGGAACAUAUGCGCAAAAUACAGUUAUGGCAAACCGGUCAAGGGUAAAUUACUCUUAAAAUCAACGCCUCAAAUACCGACAUGGAGACGGAAGCCCAAUCUUCCGGAAAUACAUUACGAAACAGAGUUGGAUUCGCCGGAUGGCUGCACCGAAUUUGUGCUAUCGGGCGCGGUGCUCGGGCUCGCCCAGUGGAAAGUGGCACCGAACAAUAUCGUCCUCAUAGCUAACUUUACAGAGACCGGUACUGGCAUAGUGGAGACAACGAUUAGUCGUACCGUGGUCGUGCAUCAGGCCCUGAAACUCGAGUUUCGACCAUACACACCGAAGUACUUUAAACUGGGCUUGCCGUAUCACGGAAAGCUACGUGUCUCGCGGCAUGAUGACACCCCGGCACCGCACGAGAAGAUUCAGCUCUGCGUGCGAGUGCGCGGUAAGGACGAGUGGCUUCGCGUGGUAGUUGAAUGCCGCAACUUUACAUCUUCGUCUGAUGGUUUUGUCGACUUCGUCGUGCCACCACCACACAGGAACAUCGUUCUGCUGAGUUUUGUUGCGACCGGCGUCGACUACCCUACGAAGUACUAUUCGCCGGAUACGCGUUGGCGAGUUUUCAUGGAUCAACCAUCAGCGCAUAUCGAGGUGAAUCCUUGGUACUCACCAUCCGACAGCUAUUUGGCAGUAGCCCGAGGUUAUCAACCGAUCGUUUGCGGUGAAAAGUACUCGUUCAACGUCAUGUACACGGUACCGGCAAAAAGUAAAACCAACGAGUCCGUCUCCUUCCAUUACUCGAUCAAUUCUAAGGGGGAUCUGUUGAUAUACGGUCACGUGAAACACCGGCCGACGAGAGAUACGGUCUUGAAUUACUCGGAAUUCCGGAACUUAUUAGGGGCCGUCGAACCAGGAAAUAAGACAGAUCAGGGCACCAUUGCUCAUAGAUUCCCCCUCAGUGUCAAAAUCACCCCGUCUAUGGCACCUGUCUCCGAACUAUUGUUGUACUACGUUCGUUCGGAUGGUGAGAUCGUCGCUACCACGUAUUCCAUCAAAGUGGGACACUGCUUCGAGAAUAAAGUGAAGACCGCCUGGCACACAGAUGCUCAGACCCCGGGGACAGCCACUCAGUACCACGUGGAAGCCGCCCCCUGGUCUCUCUGCGGCAUCUCGGCCGUUGACAAGUCGACUCGUUUCUUAGCAGGAGCCAAAACCAAUCUGAUCGACGCUGAUCAGACUUUUGCGCAGCUGAAGAGAUUCCAUAUCGAGCCAGAGUCGCGUCCUAUUUGGACCUGGACUCAUUGUAAAGUUACAUCGCAGGAAGAAACGAACACGGAAUUCGAUCAUUUACCAUCUCCCGCUUUUGAAGAAUCCCCGGCAUGGGCGCGCAAAAGGCGAAGAACAGUGAUGUACAACGGCGGGCUCGUGAAUUACGUAGACGCCAUACAAGCGUUCGAUGACUUCGGAGCUGUCGUGAUGAGCGAUCUGAUACUCGAAACGCGGCCUUGCCUUCAACUUCGCAACAGGGGCAGAGGUAGGAGCAUGAACGUAGGAAUCAUGGGUCCAAUUCCUUUCUUCGCAGCAUCCGCGGACGUGGAAACGGAUGGAAUGUUUAAAAUGGCGAAGACAUUACCCAUGGCGUAUCCAUUAUUAAACAAUAUCAUGGGUCCCGAGCAGGGAUAUGUGGAUCAAGUGCCCGAUCAACCUGCCAUCAGAUCUUACUUCCCCGAAACAUGGCUGUGGGAAUUAGUACCGACAGGAAAAGAGGGCAAAGUGACGAUAGAACGUACUCUACCUCACACCAUUACCGAUUGGAUCGGAUACACGGCAUGUAUUUCACCUACGCACGGUCUCGGAAUAGCACCUCCGACAACCAUCACGGGAUUCCAACCGUUUUUCCUCGACUACAGCUUGCCAUACAGCGUAAAACGCGGAGAAAUGUUACGCAUGAAAGUCUCCUUGUUUAAUUACAUGCAACACAGUUUACCGGUCAAGAUCAAAUUGGAAGAUGCAACGGGGCUCGAUUUGCAUCUGUCACAUGCAGUUGCUUCAUUCUGCGUGAAACCACGAGACAGCGUGGUGCACGAAUAUAUUCUCAGACCUCGAGUUCUUGGGGAAGUUAAUAUCACGGUUUCCGCCUCUAUCGAUUCGGACUACGCCGAACCGUGCGGCCCGGAAGUGCUCCUCUAUACACGGGACGUAAUUAUAAAACCAAUACUAGUGCUGCCGGAAGGUUUCCCCGUAGAAACGACAAAAUCCGCGUUCAUCUGCCCUAAGGACUUCAGCGACGAUUCCACCAUAACUUGGAAUCUCAAUCUACCUAAUGAUUUGGUGCCUGAAAGCGCGACUGCAUACGUAUCUCUAAUAGGCGAUAUUCUUGGCCCGGUCUUCGAGAAUCUAGACAAACUCGUUCGUUUACCGAUGGGAUGCGGCGAACAAAAUAUGAUUCUCUUCGUUCCUAACAUCCACGUGAUCGGCUAUCUGGACGCGAUUGGAGUUGAGAAUCCGCAGCUGAGGGCAAAAGCGAUCAAACAUAUGGAGAAAGGAUACCAGCGCGAAUUAAUAUACAGACAUCCGGACGGUUCGUACUCCGCAUUCGGUCCAGAGAGCUCGGAGGAUGGUAGCUCGAUUUGGCUCACCGCCUUUGUGAUCAAGUCCUUCGCUCAGGCGAAGAAUAUUAUUCACAUCGACGAACGGGAUCUUAAAAUUUCUGUAAAAUGGAUGGUGAAGAAGCAGUUAGAAAACGGUUGCUUCCCUGUGAUCGGCAGGGUAUUCCACAAGGAUAUGAAGGGCGGUUUGCAAGAUGAUGACAACUCUUCCUCGGCAUUAACGGCUUACAUACUAAUCUCGCUCUUAGAAUCGGGUGUGCCGUUAACAGCGUCGCUCAUUAAUAACGCUCUACAUUGCUUGGAAAAAGGAAUGGAGGACGAUAGAGGCACGACAUACACGGCAGCCUUAUCAACUUAUGCUUUAACGUUAUUGGAGCAUCCGAAAGCGAACAACAGCAUGAAAUCGCUCAUGAAACGUGCAACGCGGAACAAUGAUCUUCUCUGGUGGGAGGAUAAACAUAAGCCAUCCCUAGGAUUGAGCAUCGAAAUGACGGCAUAUGCAGUGCUCUCGUUGGUGAAAUUAGGCGGUGAAAUGAACAUGGUUGAGGCUUUGAAGGCAAUCCGAUGGAUGUCGAAGCAACGCAACGCGGAGGGUGGUUUCACGUCUACGCAGGAUACCGUGCUCGGCCUGGAGGCACUCACGAGGUACGCCACCGCUAUGUCAAGCAAUACAACGGAUCUAUCGGUGCUCGUGACUGCCGGCGAGGUGGAUCAGGUGUACAGAAUGCAUAACGACAAUCGCAUGGUCCUCACGCAAAUUCGUCUGCCCGUAGUACCGACGAUAGUCCAGAUCUUUGCCGAGGGCGAAGGCUGCGUUUUAGUACAGAGCAAUAUAAAGUAUAACGUUGCACACGCAACCGGCUCCGAAGCCUUCGAUCUCUCGGUUAACGCCGCUCCUGCAACGUGGCUGGACGAAUGCUCGAUGCAAAAAAUUACAAUUUGCACACGGUAUAAAAUGGCAGAUGGGGAAAGUAACAUGGCGUUACUAGAGGUCAGCAUGAUAAGCGGGUACGUCCCGGAUCGUACGAGCCUUCAUUCUCUGUUGGAAAAUCCAGACACAAAGGUGAAACGUAUCGAGGAUGAUCGCGGUAUCGUCGCCAUUUACUUCGACAAGCUAAUCAAUCAGAAGACCUGUAUAUCGUUUACGGUGACCAGAGAAAACAUUGUGGACAGACUUGAACCUGCAAACGUAAAACUUUACGAUUACUACCAGCAGGAGUUGACGAUAUCUAGCAACUAUAGUUUCGCGGCGACUUGCAGCAGUGCCACUCCGAGUGAAGAAGUGGAGGUUCCUAAUCCGGUGCCGAUAGAGGUGCAGGAAAUAGGCAAGGACAACACCGCGACGAAGGGUACCGUGGAAAAAGAGGAGACAGUCGAAAAAGCGGCCGAAAUCCCGAAUGAUCGAAACGGGACUGUAGAGCAGAUAGGUAACGCGACUCUGAACUCUCCGCAAACUGAUCUGAUCGAGCAGCUCCGUGACAAAGUAACAAACGGGAAGUCGGUAACCGGCGUACAGUCUAGGAGCGAGGAUGUUCCUCCGGUAGAAAAUUCCAAUCUCAAAAUAAAUAGCGACGAUAUUGAUACCGUUGCGAACGUUGGCGCAGCCAAUAAUAACGACGUCGUUAUGUCUGUGCCACAAAGAGAAGCUGGAAGCGGCCAGACGCCGGACGAGCCGGACAUCAAUCUGAAUCCCGUGUUCGACAGGCUCGGGCCUCGCAUAGAUCUCGAGGAUAUGGAGGCACCGUUUUCGACUCUCAUCAAACAGAGCCAAGAUCCUUUUGCGACAGAUUUCGACGGAAACCCGCUCUUCGUCGUAGUCGAUCACGAACUGGCGACGCCCGAAGGCGUUGAAGGCCCCGUCUCGGUUUCCGUGAAACCUGACAUUACGCAUUUCGAUGGAGAUCUGUCAAAUGUGACUAACGAAACUGAUCAGAAGAUAGAAGUGGAUCUGAGCAAUGUGCAAACAUUACCACCUCUUGGUUCGAAUGAGUCCUGCCCUGUAUGCGCCGAUGAAUUACCGCCGAACAUUAAUGAUCUUUAUUGCUCCGCCAGUAGCGUCGUAAAAGCGGCGAUUAGACGAUUACGAAAGGCAAGGUUCCUAUUAGAUAUGCAAUCGUCGCACAAGGUGAUGCGUCUGUACUCGAUGAUCGCGUUUGUCUUAAGACCCAAUUGUUCCUGCCCGCCUUUAGAUAACCCUGGAAGUCUAGCAUUGUUGAUGCACUUCGAGGACGGCGAGUUUGCUAAGCGCUCGCAUAAUCGAUACGUCUUAGACGAACAGGUUUCUAUAUACGGAUUACCAUCGAUUGGUGGUGUGCCACAUGAGAUAACGGACGCACGAGCAACAUGUGCAAAUCGAGAUAAUAGCGCAUUUCUUAAUCUCCCUACGGCUGACUGAUCUUUAGGCGUUUCGCCGAGAAUAUAACUAAAUACAUACAGGAAUAACACAACACGUCAUGUAUCACGUAUUAGUGAAAGUCAACAAUCGAGAAGAGAAUCAUUUUCAGGCGUAUAAAAAUUAAAUGCGCACACAUUUGAACUAGAAUAAGAUCCGUACGAGGCGACUUCGACUUGAACCAAGAAAUUCGUCGUUACAAUUUAAUUCGUUAACUUUAGCACGCCUCGUAUGUAGUUUAAAAGUAAAUUUUACACAGGGUAUUGUAGUCAUUGUUAAACACACUCUGAACUUUCAUCGCAAAUCUCUCCUCUCCGUCUUUCUCCACAUACAUAUCUCGACAUCAUAAAACUCUAUGUUAAGAGUGUACCAUGAAAAAAACAUAAUAUCUAAUAGAAUAAAGUGCCAUUUUUACAGCGAAAGUUAUACUGCGUUAUAUCGUUUAACUCUCACAAUUGUGAAUAGCAAAUAAUUAAUGAGUUAAAUAAACUGUAAAUAAAGCACAGCGAUUUAUGACAUAAUAA